CUUGCAGCUUAAGAGCCUUCAGAACAACAGCUGCAGAAUCAGGAGAAAACAAAACAUCUGGACUUGAGUCAUCCAUAAAAAAACCUGGAAUAUUAUAGGCUGAAGAAAAUGCUGUACAAUAUGAGGUUACCAGUGGUCACCCUAAUCUUCUAUGCAGUAGUAGCCUCUAGCUUCAGUCCAGUAUCUCGAGUAGCCCACCAGGGAGCUGAUUUUGGGGUACGCUUGUUCAGAGAGGUUCUACAAGAUCAUGGAGGGAAAAACUUGGGAUUUUCUCCAUAUGGAGCAUUCUCUGCCCUGAGCAUAUUACAAUCCGGAGCUGCAGGAGAAACACUGGCUCAGAUCCGCAAAAACCUCAAUUUUGGACCCCAAAAGAAAACUGUGUUUGCCUCCCUACGCCAAUUGAGACAAGAGAUCCGUGGCUCCCAAGAAUCGGGUAAUGAGCCCAGGUCAGUGCAUGUUGCUGAUGGGCUUUUUGUCCAACGUGACCUCAGACUGGACCCUGGUUUCUUAAGAAGAUUUCAAGCUACAUACCAGCGUCCAGUGACUCAAGUUAACUUCACUGAUGAAAUACAGUCCAGGAAGAUCUUAAACCAAUGGGUGGAAAACCACACAGAUGGAAUGAUCCCAGAUUUGUUGGGUAGCAACUCUAUACCCCCACUUACUCGUCUGAUUCUCCUAAGUGCUGUUCAUUUCAAUGGGAAAUGGAUCCUUCCAUUCCCAGAAAAAGCAACUCAGAAGCGUCCUUUCUAUCGUUCAGAUGGGUCCCAAGUGCUGGCUGAAAUGAUGCAAAAUACAGGGAGAUACAACUACAGUGAGUUCACCAGCCCAGAGGGUGAAUUUUAUGAUGUCAUAGAGCUUCCUUACGAAGGAGAUGAACUUAGCAUGUUGAUUGCAGCUCCAUAUGAGAAGAGUGUGCCUCUCUCUGCGAUCACUGACAUUCUAACAGCAGAGCUUGUCAGCCAAUGGAAAGCAAGCAUGAGGAAAGGAAUCCGCCAUCUUGUUCUUCCCAAGUUCUCUGUGGUCAGUGAGGUGGAUUUAAAGGCUCCUUUGGAGCGCCUUGGUGUCAUUGAUAUGUUUAAAGCAGAGACUGCAGACUUCAGCAGACUGUCUACUGAAAAACCUCUGUACAUUUCUCAAGCGUUUCAGAAAAUCAAAGUGGAAGUGACAGAAAGUGGCACAAGGGCAUCUUCAGCUACAGCUGCUCUUUUUCUUGCCCGAAUGGCCCCUCUAGAAGUCAUUAUGGAUCGGCCUUUCUUGUUUAUUGUACGACACAAUCCAACAGGGUCAAUACUUUUCCUGGGACAGGUCAUGGAGCCAUAAAUUUGAACUACAUUCUCUCAGCUCUUCCUUCGGAGUGACUGUCAAGUCUAUCCCUCUUAUCAGCGAGAGAAGAAGCCACGUCUAAGUUCACCUGUGCCACAAAAAAACGAUUUACCAGGGAGGGAGGUUAAAGGGCUGAGGAAUGCCAUAGGAGGAAGGGGAGAAAAACGGGUAGUGAGAUAGUUACAUUGAGUGUUAGCAAUAUGAAGCAGUAAUGUAUGUUGUGUAAGUGAGGAGUGUGACAGUAUAAUAGUGUGUGUGUGAGUGUGUGCUAGUAUCUUUGUGUAAUAUUGUAGAAUACUAUAAAGCAGAGAUGGCUAUAAUGAUUUAUAUGUGAAAUUUCUAUUCCCUGUUUAUUUAAUAAAUCUAUUUAUUUAUUACUUAA